AUGACCAGUGUUUCUGGGGCCCCAUCAAACAAUUCUACCAGAUACAUAAGAUGGUUCAAAAUUCCAAUACUUCCCUGCAACCAACCAUCUUGCCUUUCAGGCAAAGCAAAGAAGCCUUCAAUACCUCAGAUGAACCAUGCCUGGGACCCACCUCCUUCCAGAAAGCUUGACUGUCUCUCCUUCAGCCGUACAGUACCACAUCUCCACACCACUGUCUGUUGUCACUGCAUUCCAGAACAUGGAAAUCGGGGUGUUAAACUGGUUCACUGCAGUAGAUGUUCAGUUGGGUAUCUACUCCUUACUGGAACACCUCUGAUUUGGGGACCAUGCCGUGCCAAGGGGAUUAGAAGCUCACCACCAGAUGAGACCCAAUUCCCCCAACGUAAUUAUGACCUUGCCAGUGAACAAGAAUCAGAAGAUUGGGGCGGCAGUUUUGCAUGGACAGUGCCAAAACCCAUAAAGCCGGUUCCAUCAGUUCUGACGGGGGGAAGUGCUCAGACAACACCAGGUGGAUUUUCAGCCCGUCAAUUUUCUUGUGGUCUCAAUGUCACUGCUUGGCUUGUAAUUUUCACUGCACCUGUCAAAUUUGCACACAAUAAUGGAGUCGGGACAUACUCCAACAUCAUCAAUGUUUCAGAUAACAGUUGGCCAGACUGUUUUGGUAGAGCUGCCUGGGCUGCCAUUGCACAAUACUGCCACAGCAUUAAUUUUCCAUUACCCAAUUUGUGCCACCUACAAUACAUAUAA